GGGAACAAGGGAGUGGCCUAAUAUGGCAGGCGAGGUAUUCGGACGAGGCACGGACGGCGAAUCGGGCAACGCGGCAUCUUCUGCUCUCUCUGCAUUGUUCCCAAAACGGCCAUUAUGUCGAGCAUGUCCUCCGGCACAGCUCUCUGUCCCUCACCUUCUCCUCCUCGUCCCUCCUCCCGAGUUCCCUGCCGCCGGACUCGCAGGUUCGAGUGCGGCCCUAGACUUCCCGCUUAAAAGGCCUGUUCCUCGCCCCAUCCUCCUCACGAGCCCCCACCCGCCGCCCUCAAUCGCUCGUCAUGGUCGCCCUCCUAGCACUGGUCGCUUCUCUCCUCGCCCUCUCCUCCCAGGCGGCAGCGGUGCCCGUCGGCGCGUCUCGCACGAGCAUCGCUGAUCUCAAGUUCCCAUCCAUCCCGGAGGGCGCGUGGUGGUGUGAGUAUUCGCCACCCUGGCUUCAGAAGCUCCUCUGCUCGAGGUCUCUGUCGACGUCGUCCACUUCGGUUUCGACGCCAUUCGGCACGGCAGAGGGCGUCGUUGACACGUCUGGUGUCGUCCGGUUCACUGUCAAGUACGGUACCGCGAACCGUUGGCAGCCGUCAUCUGUAGCGAUGGCUUGGGAUCUACCAUCUGGCGCUUCAAAUGCGUCCGGUUUGCCGCUUGCAUGUCCCCAGAGCGGUCUCGACGCCUCCGAGUACUCUGAGGAUUGUUUGUCCAUGAUACUCUAUGUUCCGUCUUCUGUGACUAUCGGAAGCAAUGCUCCCGCUCUCAUGUGGAUUCACGGAGGCUCAUUCAUCUCCGGAUCCGCCACAGGCGCUGGACUUGACGGAUCUGCCCUUGCGGCGGCGACCGAGUCCAUUGUUGCUGUCAUUCAGUACAGAUUGGGAGCACUUGGCUUCAUGGCUCCGAAUGGGCAGACAAACUUGGCAGUCAAGGACACGAUCACAGCAUUGCAGUUUCUGCAAGCAGUCUUGCCGGCCUUUGGUGGUGAUACGUCCAAGAUCACUGUUGAUGGCCAGAGCUCUGGCGCAAACAUGAUUAGGGCGCUGCUCGCUGCACCUUCUGUGUCUAAUCUCUUUGAGUACGCCAUUCUGCAAUCGGAUCCAAUGGACUAUGGCUUCCUGAACACCACCAUGCAGAGCUCGCUUCAGGACUACUUUAACGGGCAGCUCUCUUGUAGCGCUUCGGACACGUCGUGCCUAGACUCCCUCUCGCUCGACGAUAUUCUAACCGCCCAAAGCGCCCUCUCGGACAAUGCCUACAGCGUCGUCCCCGCAGCUGGCCAAUCCGAGCCAAUCCGCCCGGUCCGCGACGGCAGCCUGAUCACCAGCCCUCUCGACCUCACCGCUGCCUUCCCGUCGCAGUCCAAGACCAUCAUGCUCACCAACGUAGUAGACGAGGCGAUGUACACCAUCUACUCCGAGUUCCCGAGCGCCAUCAGCUCCUCGUACUACGACGAUGUCGUCGACGGCACGUUCGGCUCUGUCAGCGGCAGCCGCCUGCUGAGCUACUCGACGUACGUCCCCUCGUCGACGCCCGCCGACGGCACGCAGGAUGCCCGCCCCCAGCUGUCGCAGAUGGGCACAGACCAGCUGGGCGUCGAGCGGCGGUACCGCGUAUGUGGCAUGUACACCGUCGGCGCGUCGUACCCCGGCAACUCCGACGUCUCCGAGUGCACCGACUCGGGCUCCGUCUGCCACCAGGACGACAUCGAGAUCGUCUUCGGAACCGCGCCGAGCCCGACCAGCGCACAGUCCGCGCUCAUCACCGAGAUCCAGGCGCGCUACUACCAGUUCCUCCGCACGGGCAACCCGAACUCGGGCUCGUACGCGACGUGGGGCGCCACGGACGGCCAGACGGUCAGCGCCCUCGAGCUCGGCAGCUCUGGCGCGUACGCCGCCGGCGCGUGCGACCCGAGCCAAUGGGGCGACGCCGUUCCCUAUGACUACCAGGUCUACGACAUCUAGAGCGGCAUCGCCUGCCUGCUGAAACGAUGCUGCAAGUAAACAAGAGUUUCCUCUCUCGUCGACAAGGUAUCCUGCGAACUCUCGCGGGGCCAUGGACCCACGCUCGCUAUUGACGCAUACCCUAUACCCUCGUGGUUAAUCGGCCUGCUUUCACCUUUGCAUUCACGUCUCGUAAUAGGUGGACUAUCGUCCGCUGCACUUCCUAUCUAUUCUCCUCGCACGUCUUCACGCGUACUCACUGUUUUCCUCAUUCGCUGUUGUAUCUCGUCGGUCUGGUUUUCUCUCGGUUGGUUUGGUCUGUCACCCUUGUAUCCCUACUGCGCUAUUCGCCCCGAGCAGUCGUCACUGCCACCCCUGUAGCAUUUCAUAGUCCGUUACGGUUGUUACGCGCUUACAAUGUAUCGUCUGCCCUGUUGUUGUCUCAAUAAUAUGUGUUGUGUCCUUA